UCUCCAGUAGGCUGUCAGGAUUGAAGGGGCGUGUCCCCGGUGCUAGGCGCGGUAUGAUAGGCUGCUUAGCGGGAGGGGGUGACUCCCGGCGGCAGCAGCCUCCAGGGGCUGAGGUCCGUCUCGGCGGUAGCGGCUGAAGUCUCGCGAGGGAGCGUAGCCGGGAUUUGGCGGCUAGCUGCCUCCCUCUCGCUGGCUGCGAGGAGCUGCCUGGUGUUUGUGUGGAAGGGGGAGGAGGAGAAGGAAGGGAAGCGAGAGGAGCCCGAGCCCCGUCUCCUGCCCGCCGAGGGGAGCGGACCGGAUCCCCCCCGCCCGCUCGUCCCCUCCCUCGCCCCGCCAUGGCCUCGGGAGACACCCUGUACAUCGCCACGGACGGCUCGGAGAUGCCGGCCGAGAUCGUGGAGCUGCACGAGAUCGAGGUGGAGACCAUCCCGGUGGAGACCAUCGAGACGACCGUGGUGGGCGGCGAGGAGGACGAGGACGAGGAGGAUGAGGAUGAAUGCUGCGAGGAGUGCGGCCCGCACCACCCGCCCCAUCACUAUCACCACCACCACCAGCCCAUGAUCGCGCUGCAGCCGCUCGUCUCGGACGGAGACCCCAGCGGAGCAGGCGGCGGCGCGGGUGGCGGCGGCGGGGGGCAGCUCCACCUGCACCAUCACCAGGAGGUGAUCCUGGUGCAGACCCGCGAGGAGGUGGUGGGGGGAGACGACUCGGACGGGCUGCGGGCCGACGACGGUUUCGAGGACCAGAUCCUCAUCCCGGUGCCGGCCCCCGCCGGGGAGGACGAGUAUAUCGAGCAGACCCUGGUCACCGUGGCCGCCGCCGGUAGCAAGAGUGGUGGGGGCGGCGGCUCGUCCUCGGCCGGAGGCCGCGUCAAGAAGGGCGGCAGCGGAAAGAAGAGCAGCAAGAAGAGUUACCUGAGCGGGGGAGGCGGCGGUGGGGCCGAAGGCGGCGGAGGCAGGAAAUGGGAGCAGAAGCAGGUGCAGAUCAAGACCCUGGAGGGGGAGUUCUCGGUCACCAUGUGGGCCUCGGAUGAUAAAAAAGACAUUGACCAUGAAACAGUGGUGGAAGAACAGAUCAUUGGCGAGAACUCUCCACCUGAUUACUCAGAGUACAUGACAGGAAAGAAACUUCCUCCUGGAGGAAUACCUGGCAUUGACCUUUCAGACCCCAAGCAGCUAGCUGAAUUUGCUAGAAUGAAGCCACGAAAAAUUAAAGAAGAUGAUGCUCCAAGAACGAUAGCAUGUCCUCACAAAGGCUGCACAAAAAUGUUCAGGGACAACUCUGCUAUGAGGAAGCAUCUUCACACUCAUGGUCCUCGAGUACACGUAUGUGCAGAAUGCGGCAAGGCCUUUGUGGAGAGUUCCAAGCUAAAGCGACAUCAGCUAGUUCAUACUGGAGAGAAGCCCUUUCAGUGCACGUUUGAAGGAUGUGGAAAGCGAUUUUCACUGGACUUCAAUUUACGCACACAUGUGCGAAUUCACACUGGCGACAGGCCCUAUGUGUGCCCGUUUGACGGCUGUAAUAAGAAGUUCGCUCAAUCAACUAACCUGAAAUCUCACAUCUUAACACAUGCUAAGGCCAAAAACAACCAGUGAAAGUAUGCGAGAAGAAAGCUCUUGAACUCUCAAAGCAUCCUAAAGGAGUAUGGGAAUAAAUAUGCCUCCCCUUUGUAUAUUGUUUCUAGGAAAGAAUUUUAAAAAAAGAACCCUACCCACCUAAAGGACAUGUUUUGAUAAAGUAGUUAAAUAAAUAAAAACUUUAAGAUGACGUUGCUAAGAUGCUCUACCUUGCUCUGUAAUCCAGUUUCAAGAACACGGUGUUUUGUAAAGUGUGCUCCCAACAGGAGGGGACAAUUGAUGAACUUGCAUCAAAAAGACAAUUCUUUAUACAACAGUGCUAAAAUUGGACUUCUUUUCACAUUCUUAUAAAUAUGAAGCUCACCUGUUGCUUACAAUUUUUUUAAUUUUGUAUUUUCCAAGUGUGCAUAUUGUACACUUUUUGGGGAUAUGCUUAGUAAUGCUAUGUGUGAUUUUUCUGGAGGUUGAUAACUUUGCUUGCAGUAGAUUUUCUUUAAAAGAAUGGGCAGUUACAUGCAUACUUCAAAAGUAUUUUCCUGUAAAGAAAAAAGUUAUAUAGGUUUUGUUUGCUAUCUUAAUUUUGGUUGUAUUCUUUGAUGUUAACACAUUUUUGUAUAAUUGUAUCGUAUAGCUGUAAUGAAAUCAUGUAGUACCAAUAUUAGAUGUGAUUUAAUAGUGUUAAUCAAUUUAAACCCAUUUUAGUCACUUUUUUUGGAAAAAUACUGCCAGAUGCUGAUGUUCAGUGUAAUUUCUCUUUGCCUGUUCAGUUACGGAAAGUGGUGCUCAGUUGUAGAAUGUAUUGUACAGGCACUGACCUUUUAUUAACACCUGAUAUGUACAUCCCAUGUAAUAGAAAGGACAACAAUAAAACAGUGGUCCUAAAGAAAGAGUAUGGCAGAAGAUGAUCUGUAAGCACAGUCUAUUUUCUUUUUUUGUCCAGAAUAAUUAUAGUUCUUGAACCUCCCAGAAAUUGGAAGCUUAAAUAAAACUCAAGUUUCCUUUACUUUGCA